UGUCGCAUAUGACUUAUUUCACCGUGGUUGUCUACUGUCACAAAUGAACAUUGUGAAUGGACAUGACAUAAACUGGUAACAACUUGGUAUAUCGCUUUUACCGGAUUCUGUGAGCAUUCAAAAUGUUGAAAGGAAGGCAAGUCAGCUCAACAAAUGAGACGAUGGCAUCGGUUGGACAAUGUGACCCAUUGCACUCGAAUGUACCCGCAACCAAAAUAGAAGUUACCGUCUCGUGCAGGAAUUUGUUGGACAUAGAUACAUUCUCAAAGUCUGAUCCAGUUGUUGUGCUUUAUGUGCAGGGCAUUGGGACCAAAGAAUGGCGAGAGUUUGGAAGAACUGAGAUGAUUGACAAUACACUGAACCCAGAUUUUGUGAGAAAGUUUGUACUGGAUUACUUCUUUGAGGAAAAACAAAAUCUCCGAUUUGAUGUUUAUAGUAUGGACUCCAAAAGCUCAAAUAUUUCUAAACAUAGGUCCUUUCUUGGCCAGACAUUUUGCACCCUGGGGGAGAUCAUCGGCUCCAAGGGCAGUCGGCUGGAGAGGACCCUCUCGGGGAUUCCAGGAAAGAAGUGUGGAAUCAUUAUUUUCACAGCUGAGGAACUCAGUAACUGUAGGGAUAUUGCUACAAUGCAACUCUGUGCCAAUAAGCUGGACAAAAAGGAUUUCUUUGGGAAGUCUGAUCCCUUCCUUGUGUUCUACCGCAGUAAUGAAGAUGGCACGUUCACCAUAAGUCACAAAACAGAAGUGAUAAAGAACACAUUAAAUCCGGUAUGGCAACCCUUCACAAUUCCAGUGCGGGCUCUGUGUAACGGUGACUAUGACAGAACUGUCAAAGUGGAUGUUUAUGAUUGGGAUCGAGAUGGGAGCCAUGACUUUAUUGGCGAGUUUACAACCAGCUACAGGGAACUGUCUCGUGGUCAGAACCAGUUUAAUGUGUAUGAGGUUUUAAAUCCUAAAAAGAAAGGCAAAAAGAAAAAAUAUAUAAACUCUGGAACGGUAACGCUUCUCUCCUUCAAAGUGGAGUCUGAGUACACCUUUGUGGAUUUUAUUCGGGGCGGGACACAGCUUAACUUCACAGUGGCCAUAGACUUCACUGCUUCCAAUGGUAACCCGUCUCAGCCCUCCUCUCUGCACUACAUGAGCCCCUACCAAAUGAAUGCCUAUGCCAUGGCACUGAAGGCAGUGGGCGAGAUCAUACAGGACUAUGACAGUGACAAACUCUUCCCUGCUUAUGGCUUCGGAGCCAAGCUGCCCCCAGAUGGAAAAAUCUCACAUGCUUUUCCCCUGAACAGAGACAGUGAAGAUGCCAACUGUGUGGGUAUAGAGGGGGUUCUAGAGGCUUAUUUCGAGAGCCUUAGAACAGCACAGCUGUAUGGACCCACCAACUUUGCACCAAUCAUCAACCUUGUGGCUCAGAUGGCAGCACAUGAGAUGGAAGGAUCACAAUAUUUUGUCCUGCUAAUCAUCACAGAUGGGGUCAUAUCAGACAUGGUCCAGACCAAAGAGGCUGUGGUUAAUGCUGCUAGCUUGCCAAUGUCCAUUAUAAUUGUAGGAGUUGGACCAGCUGAGUUUGAUGCCAUGGAGGAGCUGGAUGGUGAUGAAGUGAGAGUGUCCUCUAGGGGGCGGUUUGCUGAACGAGACAUUGUUCAGUUCGUGUCCUUCCGGGACUACACUGACCGGUCAGGGAACCAGGUGCGGAGUAUGGCACGCUUGGCUAAGGAUGUUCUGGCAGAGAUUCCGGACCAGCUGCUGUCCUUCAUGAAGAGCAGGGGCUUCGAGCCACGGCCGGCACUCUCCUCUUCCUCACAACAAAUGCACCAGGAAGUGUGAUGGAGAGGAAGGAGAGGUCACAUGUCACAUAGCUCUG